GACAAGCUUUUAUGACCACAGACUGAAGCUGAUUGGGUGGCUGUAGAAAAAGGAAGUAAAAAACAUGUUGCGUUAUUUUUCAGCAGAUACCAGAGAAAACGCAGGUCGUUUGUCGACAUAGUGACACAUUCAACUACAAGAUGUAACGAAGAGAAUCAUUUGGCCACACGCGCUUCCUGGUUUGUUGGAGUCUCUAGAAAGAAAAACAGUCAGUCACACGGAUCAAACAACGCUGCAGACAGACAGAAAUGGAUCAUGUACGACCGCAGGAAACAGAGCAAAACAAGGGCUCUGUGUUGCGGCACAGAGAACACAGCGAUGACUCUGUCGACAAGAGGCCCACUGACAGCUCUGCGUCUCCCCCUAAGGAUAAUAAGAGGCUGAUCAGAAGAGUGCGAAGUCCAUCGAGACCAAGGGCAUGGCUGUCCAAUUCUUACAAACCAAAGUUUGGAGGGCCAUUCUACAAACCUCGUUUUACUAAGGAUGACCACUCAUUCUACAAACCUGGCUUUGGCAACCAGAGGUACCACCACUUCAACCCACGGGGUUACUUCCACCGGAGAGAUCAUUUCCAGCCUAAACCUCACCACAUCGCACUGAGGGAGAGGGAACGGGAGAAGGAGAAGGAGCGGUACGAGCAGAGAGAAAGUGCUGAGAGAACUUCACCUCCAAAUCCAAACUCUACCAGACCUUUCUUACCCAGAUCCACUUCCAGCAGAGACAAGGACAUGCAGUACAUCGUUUGUCAGAACGACAGGAACCAAAGCAGGGAGAGAGAUCACAGGGGGACUAAAAGCAAAGAAAGAGAACGAAGCAGAGACCGGGAGCUCCCUUCAACUGCGAGCCAGACGGCGACACGAGACCGAGCCAUCCAAAAGAAGAGGAGAGAGAUAGAUGAGGUGUACCAUCAGGAAUGUGAAAUGUUUGGCCUCGUGGCAAAGAUGCUGAUAGCAAAGGAUCCGACCCUGGAGCGCCCCAUCCAGUCCGCACUGCAGGAGAACCUAAGGGACAUCGGCAAGCGUUGUGUGGAGGGCAUGGAGAAAUUUAUAGAGGACUAUGACUCCAGGGAGCUGUCUCACUAAUCAGAGAAACAGUCUCCUAGCAUUAAUCCUACUGCUUUGUUGAUAAUUGUAUUUCAUGUGAUUGAAUGCUGCUUUUCUUCUUUCUUUGCCAGUAGAAGUAAUACAUUCGCACAUUCUUGUAUAUGUAAAGGUAAACUUGACUGUGACUUGGACAUGUGAUACUGCUUCUAAUUUUGAGAAUUUAAUGAUUAUGAUAAAAAUAAAACACUGGAUCCAUUGGUUUAAAUGUCCUUAUCAAAAAGUCAAAAAUAUUGAUUCUAAUUAUAA